AUGGCGGCGCCGUUGUACAAGGACAUUAGCAAGAAGGCCGAGAACGUCCUCGGCGACGACUACGACUACAGCCGCAAGCUCAAGAUCAAGACCAAGACGGCCAACGGCGUGACCUUCACGACCGAAGGCGCCAUGGCCGCCAACAAGUCGAUCCUUGCCAAGGUCGGCGCCAACUUCCGCGUGCCCCAGGUCGGCGGCUUGACGAUCAGCAAGCUCCAGGCCACGACGGCCGGCCGCGUCCUUGUCGAGGGUGACAUUGCCAACGCGAUUGUCGACAACCUCAAGGUCUCGUUCAAGCUCGAGGACGGCUCGCGCAAGACGAACGCCAAGCAGGUUGGCAAGCUCGGCCUCGAGUACAAGCAGGCCGCCUUCACGACCAACGUCGAGGCCGACAUUACGGGCAAGAACGUGACGGGCGCGGCCAAGUCGGCGGUCUCGGACUUUGGCGGUGCCCUCGCCUUUAGCGGCGCGGACUACCAGGUGUCGGUUGCCUCGAAGAAGAGCUUGAAGACGGUCGCGGCCAACUUCUACCACAAGCCCUGCUCGUCGACGAUCUACGCGGCGUCGAUCAACUACGAUGUCCAGACGGCGGCCAACGCGGUCACGCUCGGUGGUCGCUACACGGCCAACGCCGAGACGACGUACGCCGGCAAGAUCAACUCGGACGGCUUUGUUUCGCUCGCGUGCAUCCAGAAGGUCACGCCGUUCCUCUCGUUGACGACGUCGGCCCACAUUGACGCCAAGCACUUUGAAGGCGACGCCCACAAGUUUGGCCUUGGCUUGACCAUCGGCUAA